AAUUGACGUCGUGGGAUCGACACUGCCUCAUACUCAUUGGACGAAGACUUCGCGAGCUGGUCAAUCAGGAAGAGGCUUAGUAUGAGACAGAAACACCAAUCAAUCAUUGAUGACCACUUCUCACUCAUCCUAGGCCCGCGCGUGUCAAAUCCCUUGAGAUACUUAGAAGAAAUGUGGUCUCCCCAGCACUUCACCGGUCCUUCGCUUCCUCUUCGUCGUCAUUCGUCAAGAAUCAGAUGCGAAGUUUUACAUCAGACAUUGAUUCCUGGCUCAAUUCAUGACUUGAAAGUCUCGGCGGCUCGACCAUGUUGUUUCCUUAUUCAUUAAUCACGGUGGCGGGUUUCUUGCCACUGACACUCGCCAUGGGCCUCGAAGCGCGAACUCCUCAAGAAACACUCGCAAUGGGGUUCCUAGAGCACGGCGCUGGGCUUUCUCCGGCACCAACGACAGCUCCCAGCGAGGAGUCGAAGCAGAUGAUGCUCGAAGCCAGAAGUCUACCUCCCCAAGCCUGUGGAGUUCGUCGCCUUGAUAAUGGAACUUUCGAGACCUUCUCAUGCGUCAGCAACGAUUGCUAUAGCUCGGGGCCAUGGUUUGGAUGUCGCAACAUCCUCAAGACAGAAUGUUUCGAUGGGACCGCGCCUGUUUGCCAGCAGACAACGUCUUCUCUAGGUCAAAAGGCGCUUUGUUGUACUCGAUCAGGUCCGAGUCAGUUACCGUAUUGUAUGACACUCCUGAGGCCCGACGACUCAGGACAAAAGACGUGGCUCCGAUGCGGCGAUCCUGCCUACAGUGGACAGAAGAUCAUGGUAAUAGGUACCGAAUCCGACGAUCCAGACGCGACCAGGACCGUAGACCCUUCGGACACUGCAACAGCUACAUCAUCUCCGUCCGGCUCAUCCUCGAACUCAACAGGUGCCAUUGUCGGAGGCGUGGUCGGCGGGGUCGCCGUGGUAGCCAUAGCCGUCUGCGUUAUCGUCUGGCUGAUAUUGCGGCGGAGAAAACGCUCGAGGGAGGACGGGUCGCAGGUGCCUUUGACGCCGGGCUCCCAGUCGCAGCAUACUCAGCCAUACUACUCUCAAGCUGGGUAUGGGGAGCACGAUGACCCUUACAAGGCGCAACGCGGGCCGACGCCCUCGCCUACCCCCCUAGUUGAAGUACAAGGAAGCCACGUAGUUGACAAUCGAAGACCGGCAGAGCUAGAAACUUGAGCCGUCAAUAGAUGAACUGCGUGUUCAUAUGUCUGCGCUUUGGGGAUCAUGGGAUUAUUCUUAUACACAGAGCGAAGGCGUUAGGAGUUGAUCAGUGGGUUGGUUUCUUUCAUCCAUACCUUAUGCUUAUCAGCCAAAUACGAUGAGAGAUUCGGUACCCAAUUGAAAAACAAAGCCGAGGAAGAUUCGAAGCAUGCCGGCAUUCACUUAGAUUGACUUGUGUAUAUCCGUUAUGGUUUUGUAUGACGAAAUCUGCUAAGAAUGAAUAUGAAUGGGUUUUGGAACAUCGUUCUAGUUCAUAUGAGCCCUCACCAUUGGGCGAUUCUUUCCCCGAUUUAAGAUCAACCCAGUAGAUGCACUUGACUCAAGCAUAU